UGUGUCAACCAAGUCAGCGAUCCUGACCACCCGAUCCCGUUAGUCGCUUCUUACGACAAGCAAGGGUUACUGAAGAUCAGUAGUCUUACGCGGACCUUCACGAGUAUUUUAAAGAGUAUGAAAUGGGGGUGCCUCAUUCUAUAAGAUAGGGUCAUCUACAUGUGAUCCCCAUAUGGUUUGAGAAAACUGACGUGUGUUUAACACGGAGUGCAUAGUAAGGGUUUGUGUACUUCUUUUAUGCCGUGUGCUCUGAUCAUGGGAAUUGAUCCUUCCUGGAGGUAACCUUUCCAUGCGGGUGUAUGCACACCGUGCCCUAGUUGUGAACGACACGCACUGUCUCACAAGAAACGUAAGAAGAUUGGCAAAUAAUAACUUACAGUCUGACUGCAUCUAAAUUACCUGCCCGACGUUUACUAGACCUGUAGGCCGUCAUACGUCGGCCAUUCCAGGUAAAUACCCUUUACUUCUUCACCAUCGUAUGAAUUGUCACCUUAAAAUCAGCUCUCCUAUGAUGGUCAAUAGCUAUUGACUUACUUCAUCUAGGAUUUUGUAUUGUCGAAAGAGCUCAGAGGAAGGGAAAAUAAUUUGUUUCAUGGACUUUGAAAUGCACUUCAUCCCUACACAAUGCUAGGGAGGUGGGAUGGUGGGAUGGUGGCAGACGAUAUAUCCGGGCAAUCAGAAAAGCUAACUUGUUUGGUUCAACUAAAUCAAGUAGAAUGGCCUUCACAUGACAAUAAUUGAUGAAUAUAGAAACACAGAAUGGAUUUUCCUUUCACGCUCUAUCAUUUGAAUGAACCAAUUGUUACAAUGGAAGUUUUGUUUGCUGUCUCGGUAAAUAUUUCGUGUCCCCGAGUAGGUUGUUAGUACGAUUACUGAUGUAAAUUAGGGAGAUCAGUCAGUCUCUUUCAACAACCAGGUUGGAUGUGCUGCAGCAGUGUUUAUACGUGAAGCGUCCAAGUCGCUAUGGCAACUACAUCUGAUAUAUACAUGUACUUGCAACAACACAUUAUUUCUAUUGACCAGAUAAAAGGUUAACCUAACUUGGUACUGUCGAUGUUUCUUAACAAGAAAUGACUAAAAGGUUUAAUUGUAAUGUAGUCUGUUCAAUCACAAUGUUAGACAAUUUCACAGUCACUCAUGCGAGCACUCCCGAUACAUGCGAUAUAUUUACUUAAUUCCUUGGAUAAUACAUUAAUGAUGGCCGCACUGUGAUAUAGCAUCCCAAUGAACUAACAGCAUAAUCGAUGUUAGUGACAAAAUUAAUGAUGUAUGGAAGAGCUCGUAUCACCGCGUGCUGAAUAAUCACACUACAUCCCCUACCUUUAAAGGUUUAUAGUUUUAAAGUGGAGCGUGGAAAGCUAGGAGCGCUACGGCUGCAGUAACGACUCCCUCGGCUGUGACGUGGUCGUGGUUUUCGCGGCUCCGGAAAACAUGGCUAUCGGACGACUCUGAACAGGGAUGUGGCUGCACUCGUGCUGGGCAACCAUGAAUAUUUAUCAUUAACUCAAUAUUUUUUGCUGAAUAUAUAUAUAAAUAUGCCUCAUCAUAGUGAUAUAAUCACUACCACAACGUUGCAAGAGAUCGCUUUUUGGGUUUCGUGAAAUAUCUUAUACUCUAUUUGCGUGUGCGAGGACGAUAUUAAAACGUGUCGAUUAAAUUAAUAAACUUCAAAUUGUACUUCAACACUUCAACAAAAUGGAUUAACAAUGAGGCCUAGAUGUAUGCUGUACUAACACAUGGCAUAGAUUUCCCGACACAAAUCUGAGCUGUUAAAUGGAACAAACAGAAAUGUUAAUCAACAAGUAGGAAUAUUUGAUCAACUAAUGUACUGAUAUUCUUGUCUGAAUCAUUAGUUGAAACCGGUUAAUGUUCAACUUUUGUUAACAUAAUAUUAAUAGAGAUCUGAGUAAAAGGUUUUUAUCAGAUUACUGCGGUAGAAACAAAGGCAACCAAGAUGUGUCAUCACGUUUGUUUGUUAUGGUUGCUGUCUGUUUGUAAUGAUACAUCUGGGUAGAUUCUGUUUGGCAAAUCCCACCAAAGCAUUAAAGUCAUUCAACGUCUGAACUAAUGCGUCACGUGACUCGGUAAUUUCACCGAGUGGUAUCACCGCGCGCGCAGACAUUUGAUAGGUCACAUGACCUGUCUGUAUGAAGUAGGUGAUGUUUAUAAGGAAGAUGUAUGGUAUUGUAGCACAGACGCAAUUGCGUGUGUCAUGGACGGCGCUACCUGGGGACAGAAGGUAGCUCGACGCCUCAGCACAUCAAUGUCCGGUUCUUACGAUCCUCACUACAAGAUGCCAAAGUCAGAAGAGAACUCCGAACCGGAAGAGCGCCCGAAGAAAACGGCCAAAUCUGUAACCGCCGAGUUUGCGGACAUGACAUCGAUGAUGGGCGUCAACUAUAUCCAUCACUCCCGGAGGCUGUGGUCCAAGGGCAUUUGGCUCAUUAUCGUCCUCGGAGGAUGUGCAGCGAUGCUCUUCCACCUCUCCUACCUGGGGCAGGUGUACUUUCUUUUCCCAAUUCAGACGAAACUUGAGCUUGGUUUCGACAGCUUGUCAUUUCCAGCCGUGACCGUAUGUAACAUCAACCCUAUCCGGGUCUCCAAGCUGGCUGAGGCGGGCCCACAGAUGCAGGCCCUUAUGCAGAAUACCAACACUACCAACCUCAUCCGGUACCUCAACAACACUAAUUCAGCUGCAGAACCAUCCGUAAGUGGCAGUACCCAAGCAUCAGGGACCGGAAGUACCGCAGGAUCAGGACCCGGAAGUACCGCAGCAUCAGGGGCCGGAAGUACCCAAGCAUCAGGGACCGGAAGUACCACAGUAUCAGGGACCGGAAGGACCUCAGCAUCAGGAACCAGAAGUACCCCAGCCUCAGGACCCGGAAGUAGCCCUCGACCACCAAGCUCUUUGACAUCUUCAAACAAUACGCCUGCUCCGAAGUGUACUUCAACCAGUUUAACUACCUCAUCCACCCUCCGCAUGACCUGCGGGAACUGUUUCACCCUGGAGUACCCGGACUUUAUCAGCCGGAAGAAGAGUGGACCUGAUGAUGACGGUGUUGAGAUGGUGUUGUUCCUGGAGAACUACGAAUAUCUACGUGGUUGGACAAACGGCAAUGGCGCUCACCUGGUUGUUCACGACAAGAGCACCGUGCCCCUUCUUGAACAGAACGGGGUUGCAAUAUCGGGGGGAACAGAGACGUUUAUCGGCCUCAAGAGGGUAAACAUCCAGCGCCUCGGUCGACCCUAUGGCUACUGUGAUGACGGCAUACAGUUCAAGAGGGACUUCAACGUCACAUACACACGACAGGCCUGUCAGGACUACUGCCUCGUGCGCCUCAUCGUGAACGCGUGUGGAUGCUAUGACGGUCGCCAGGGGGAUAUGAACAGGAUAUUCCAUCUGUCGGACGCCCAUAGUGACUGCAAGAAUCAGUCAGAGAUUGAAUGCAUGGUCAGGGUAAAGAGGAAAUACGAGUUUGGCCAGUACUCAUCGGAUUGCGUGUGCUACAGUCCUUGCACCGAAUCGACGUUCGUGAAAAGCAUCUCCAGCCGACAAUGGCCGUCCGUGGAAUAUGGGCAAGUCCUGGUGGAGGCGAUAUGUGCUAAGGGGGAUGAGGAACACUGCAAGAGACUACGGCGAUAUGAUGGCUACCAGCUGUCACAAAACUUCAUAAAACUCAACAUAUAUUACGAAGAUCUCAACUACGAAAACAUCACUGAGGAUGCGGAUUAUGCGGAUGCCCAGUUCCUGUCCGACAUCGGUGGGACGCUAGGGUUAUGGAUUGGCUUGUCUGUCAUCAGUGUCUUUGAGAUCGGGCAGUUUUUCGGGGAGCUCCUUGGCGUAUGCUGCUCAAGCAAGGGCAGCACAGAUUCCCGGAAAACGACACCACGCGUGCGCAGUGAGCCAUCCACGGACAGGCCACGUUACCCAGACAACCCGCCUCGCUCUGAGUACGGUCGUAAGCAAAAUGGCGACUACCUUGGGAGCUAUGGCUACAAGUAGCACCCGACCCAGACGUGUUCGGAUCUUUAAAAGAAGAUAAUGCCACCUUGAAACGUAAAGUCCAAAUCUGGGUUCACAGGUUUAGUUACAUUUGGUCACUGUGGAGGUCGAUUCCCAACACAGGUACAAUAUGAAGCUCAUUUCCCGUUGUGAUAGUGCUGGAAUUGUGACUUAAGAUCAAACACACUCACUGAUUCAAACAUUUCUUCAGACAUUGGGAAAGUUUCAGAUACAAUGCUCUAGUUGAAGAUUUUAUUCAGCUUCCUGUAAUUCUGGUAGAGAACACUUUACCCGAUUCCCUCAAACAGCAACUGUGCACACCGGGAAUAUUCUUUAUCCAACUCAAAUCCUUAUGGAUUUCGCUGUUUGUUGUCUCGGGAGUAUAAAUUGGAGUCUGGAUUUUGGAGAGUUACAUUGAGAUCACACCAUUCACUUGUGCCACCAGACUGUCAGAUUCACUUUAGCUGCAUAUAUGUCAUGUUCAUAUCUGUGACAAGCAAACCACUAGUGCAAUAAACAAUGGACGCACACGGA